AUAUGUUUGCUACGAAGCAGUGAAUCAACAAUGCAGACGCUAUUCAUCAUUGUAACAUUUUUCUUAAAAAUGCAUGAAGCUCAAGAGAACAACAAAUUCUUCAUAGAUGCAGUUUACCUGAAACUUAAUGAAGAUCCUGUCUUGCAAGGAAAUAAUUUUACAUUUGAGUGUUCCCUGGACAUUACUAAAGCAGAUGAAAGUCAGCAACCUAAGUUUAAUUACUCACUUUUCAAAGAUAACAGAUUGCUCAAGAAGUAUACGUCUGAUGCAACAACCCAGCUGUUUGCCAUUCAGGGUGUUGUGAAGUCUCAUAGUGGAUCAUAUGUCUGCCAAGUGUCAUAUUAUGGACCUCAAUUCAUUGAGAAAAAGAGUGAAGCUCUCAGUGUUGAUGUAAAAGGAAAUUGGACCAAGCCAGUUCUCAAAGUAUCACCUAAGCACGUGGUUGUAGGUGGCACUGUUUCUCUUCACUGUGAAGCACCUAAAGAAAUUCCUCCCAUGAAGUUCCUCUUCUUCAUCAACAAUCAGAAAUAUCAAACACAUGAAGGAGUUGCAGAAAAUGGCAAUUAUCUUGUAUAUAACCAUACUAUUCAAAACAUUAAGCAAAAUAAUGUCUGCUGUGCUGUAACUGGUAAAACAUCCUGGAAUACAAAUGACCAGUCUUUCAGUGACAAAAUGGACAUUGAAGUGGUGGAUCCAAUUUCCAAUUUCACCCUGGAGGUAUUCCCUUCUAAUCGACUUAAUGAAGGAGAUUCCUUUAAUAUGACUUGCGCACUCACAUGGAAUUUAUUAGAAGCAAAGCCAGAAAUAGAUAUUACAAAAGAUAAUGUACUGUUACAUAAUACUUCCAGUAUCAGAAUUGGAAAGCUGUAUGGAAGGACUUUUUCAAAGAAUGCCUUUGUUACUGACAAAGGACAUUAUAAAUGUAAAGUGAGAAUUAAUGGAGUAAUGCAGUACAGGGAAGAUUUUAUUUUUGUGGAUGUUUUAUUGUCUACUCCAGAAUUAUGGCGUGAACCAAACAUCUCAGAAGUUGUGCGAGGCCACAAUAUUACUCUGCUUUGCAAGUCUGACAACAAACUGGAUCAAGUCAAGUACACAUUUUACAGGAAAACUGCUACACUUGUCACACGUAAUGUGUCCAGGAAUGUAUCUGCUAGAUUUAUCUUAACAAUAAAUGAUAACGCUGAUUUGGAGGGGUACAAAUGCAAAGCAGAAAAUGGAAAUGAAAGUUUUCCUUUGAGCCCCAAAUAUAGCAAAGGACUCAAUUUUACAUUAAUAGUUCCAGUAUCUAAACCUGAGUUGAGCAUUCUACAAAAUACCAGUGAAGUACUUUUAGGAACAUCUGUAAAACUGUUGUGCAGAUCACCCAGUGGAACAGAUCCAAUCUUUUAUUCAUUGUUUAAAGGAGAGAAGUUUAUGAAAACUGCCAAUGGCUCUGUUGUAGAUGGUGUUCAAUUCAAUAUAUCUAUCCUUCAAGAAUCAGAUUAUGGUGCAUAUCAGUGCAAAGCAGAAAACAGAGCACCUAAUAUGUCAAAAUAUAGUGAAAAACGCAACAUAACUAUUUUAGAUUGUGUAGGGAAGCCCCCAGGUGGAAAUGCACAGUUACAGAGAUACAGCAAAAAUGAGAGCCAUACAGUUAUACAAAUAAUCGUUAUUCAGAUACACAAAUGA